ACUGCGGCCUUACAAAAUCGAAGCCCCACCAGUGCGAAAUCUCAAAGAUAGCCAGUCACUCAUCCAUACCAUGAGUGCAGCUGCGCUGUAAUUACGAAAGCAAUGGCACCAGAAUUAUCAUCAAAUUGGAAGAAGCUGCAAGCCCAAAUCAAGGCAGAAUCUACUACGACUUCUUCAUCAGCGCCAAAAACCACAACCAAGAGGAAGGCCGACGACGGCUCAUCCUCUCACUCUCACCCUCAUCCAAAACGGCAAAAGUUACAGAACCCCUCCAAGCAGCCGAAGCAACAGUCAUCAUCAAAAACACCUAACAAACCCUCACCAAACCCCCCAACAAAACCCCCCAUGGGCAUAACACAAUCCUCCGCCCUCGCCCGCGGCACCCCAGCAACCAUAACCCCCUCCCUCGCCCUCUGGGCCGAGGACAACGACAUCUCCGCCGAGGACCUAGCCGAAGCGUACUCCCUAGGCGUAAAGCACAACGCCUCUCUCACCGCCGCCUCGCCGGCGCGCGUGAACGAAGGGCUGGCUCCCGGCGUCGAGGUGGGCAAGUACAUCGCCGUGGACUGCGAAAUGGUCGGCGUCGGGCCCGAGGGCCGGGAAUCCGUGUUAGCAAGGGUGAGCAUUGUCGAUUUCCACGGGCGCCAAGUCUACGACUCGUUCGUGGCGCCGCGGGAGCGGGUCACCGACUACCGGACGCGGAUCACGGGGCUCACGCCGCGGGUCCUGGCGUCGGCGCGCAGCUUCGACGAGGUGCAGGCCGCGGUGGCGGAGCUGCUGAAGGGUCGGAUCGUCGUUGGUCAUGAUAUCAAGCACGAUCUGGCGGCGCUGCAGCUCGCGCACCCGAGUAGCCAGGUGAGGGAUACGGCGAAGUUCGCAGGGUACAGGAAGUACGGACACGGGCCGAAGCCGGCAUUGCGGGUUUUGGCGCGGGAGGUGCUGGGCGUCGAGAUACAGACGGGACACCAUUCGAGUAUUGAGGAUGCGAGGGUGGCAAUGCUGCUGUUUCGGAAGAAGAAAUCGGAUUUUGAUGUCCAGCACGCGAGUCGAUACGGUUUGCCUGUGGAGAAGACGAUAGCGAGUGAGAAGGUAGCGGGGGAUAGUAGGAACGGCGGUGGUGGUAAGGCGCAAGUCAAGGCUAAAAAGAGUCAGGGAAAGAAGAAAAAGAAGAAACACUGAUAUAUAGUAUACCCCGAAUAAAAAGAAGUCGCUCGAUGUGAGUUCUGGUCUGGCUAUUUUCCUAAAGUCACAUUCUUGCGCAUAUGGUUUUGGUAUUGGAACAGCAUUUCGCAUUGGAAUUCCGCAGUCAUGACCACCGGUCUCAUAAUUUCAAGAUACCCCUUUCCUAAGCUAGAUACGCUCCGCUCCAUGCAGUCGUGAGAAACGUGGG